UUUUUGAUGAUUGUCAUUAGACCUUCGAAUUUUACAGUUUCUUUUUUUCUUAAGAGAGAAAAUAAUGUUACAGUUUCCGACGUUGAUGAGUCAGUUUCCGUCAUCGACGAAGACGACUCCGGCGUCGCAUCUGCUACCUAUACAGUGGCCUCAGCCUCAGAACGAAGAGAUUCUUCUCGCCAUGGAAGAAGCUGAGUUCGAAGAAAAGUGCAACGAGAUCAGAAAAAUGAGUCCUAGCUUACGCGUGAUUGGAAAACCAGUCGUUGACAACCAUCAAGAAGAAGACGAUAAUGAAGCAGAUGACGAUGAUGAUGAUGGAGACAAUGCAGAGGAAUCAGAUGAAGAAGAAUUCGAGCAAGAAACCGGUUAAGCAAUCCUCGAGCAAACAAACAAAAAAGACUAUUAGCUUUGAUUUUGAGGAUACAUUUUUUAAAUCUUACGGUGCCAAAACAGUUGUGAUUGUGACUUUGGAAGCUAGUUUUUCCUUUUGUUCGGAACAGGUUCAAGCGUUUCGGCUUCAGAAUUCUAGUCAUGGACUAUUAUUA